UGACUGCCAUGAAUGGCUUCACCUCGAGCUGUUGUGUUUUGAUUGACCCUUGAGCGUCCCGAGUUCGGCUUACCAAGUUACCCUCCUGUCAGAAAUAAGCUUCGUGGACCAGCCCAUACAGCGUUGCAUGCAUGUGCCCUCCUUCACGUCAUUGCGAUCCUUGCUGUCAUGACCUUCCGCUGCUCCCGAUGCAGCCAGUCCUACCAGUAACCAGGAUCAUGGCCGCUAUCGACCUCCUCGCCCUCGAAGCACGACACCAAGUGAUCAAGCGAAGCAACUGGGCCGGCGAGAAUCCGGGCGUGGUCCUGGUCUUCUGCAUCGUUUUCAUCGUUGCUGUGGGAAUCAUCGCACUCUUCAUCUACCGAAAAUGCAUGGCACGAAAAGCAGCUAAACAGUCAUAUGAGGUCGAAGCUUGAACCUUUGACUGAUCCGACCGAUGAUGCUGUGAUACGAGAGUAUUGGAGAAAGAAGGAUGGAAGGAUGAAAAGGAUACGAUUUCGGGCUGGCUACGUCGCUGCAACGAUCGAUACGCACGUUCUCCUUAUCU